UUUGUCACCAGCCGAGUUAAAAAUCGCUCCGACAAGGAGGUGUAGCGGCGUCUGUUGGAACGCACGCCGCCGGAAGAAGAAACAGGGACAUGGGUCGUCUCUCACUAACCAGUUCGAUUCACAGAUUCCGCUUCUUCUCCUACUUAUCUCAGCGUCAUGUAAGAAGAGGUGUUCUCGCUUGCUCUAGCUAUGGAAGUCAUUAUCUUUCGUCUUUAGCUGAAGCUUCAGACUGUGAGCUUGAUGAAUAUCCAGAAGAUGAUACCAUCAUAACGGAGAAAGACACUAAUCUCCGUUCAGCAUUAUCACAGCUCUCAGUUUCAGGCGUCUUCGAUCAAGACUCUAAGCUCUGGCUGCAGCGCUUCUCCAGAACAAGGAGAGUCUCCGUCAUAUCCACCGGUUCGCUCAACCUUGAUCUAGCUCUAGGCGUUGGAGGUUUGCCAAAGGGAAGAAUGGUUGAGGUUUACGGUAAAGAAGCUUCUGGAAAGACAACUCUAGCUCUCCACAUCAUCAAGGAAGCUCAGAAGCUUGGAGGCUAUUGCGCUUACCUUGACGUGGAGAACGCCAUGGAUCCUACGCUAGCUGAGUCGAUAGGUGUGAACACGGAGGAGCUUCUGAUAUCGAGACCUGAUUCUGCUGAAAACAUGCUGAGUAUUGUCGAUGUGUUGACCAAGUGUGGAUCGGUAGACGUUAUAGUGGUUGAUAGUGUUGCUGCUCUUGUCCCUCAGUGUGAAGUUGGUGUUCCUCUAGGAGAAAGUUACAGAGACAGACAAUCAGUGAUAAUGACACAGGCGCUUAGAAAAAUUCACUACUCAGUUGCUAAUUCUCGGACGCUCAUCGUUUUUCUUAAUCAGGUCAGAUCACAUGCUAAAGCUAACAUGCGUUUCCCACAUUCUGAAGAAGUGACUUGUGGGGGUAACGCAUUGCGGUUUCAGGCAGCUAUACGUCUGAAAAUGAUAAGAACAGGGCUGAUAAAGACUGAUAAUGAGGUAAGUGGUCUGAAUGUGUGCGUUGAAGUGGUGAAAAACAAACUGACGCCAGGGAAGAAGAAAUCUGAAUUGGGGAUUCAGUUCGGUCGUGGCUUCUACGUGGAGCGUGAGGUGUUAGAAUUGGCUUGUGAGCAUGGAGUUAUUGCAAGAGAAGGUAAUAGCCAUUUGAUUGAAGGCGAGGUUGUUGAUGGGAAAGACGCAGCUGAAAAGUAUCUGACGGAGAAUAAGGAGGUCCUUGAUACCGUUAUCAGUAUCCUGAGGAAGCAGCUCUUCUAGAUGUUGUUAGAGACAGGAAGGAGCAUUGAGUAGUUAGGUAAGUUAACUAGAAGGAGCAGAGAAAGCAUGUUAAAGCCUAGUUGUUGUUAGAUGAUGUCAUUGGCACUGUUCUUGCAAAACAUUCUGUUCUAUGUGCUGCAGAAUCCGGCAGAUCUGUAACUUAGCUUUUCUACUUAGCCAUUGAGGUGAGGGUUUCAGUUAUAUGAACAGUUUAGCUCAUGUAACGUUUAAGAUUAGAUGAGACCAUGAGAGGAAAUUUAAAUUUAA